AUGUAUCUGGCUGAUGCUUCUGAUGUGACUCGCUGCAAAGCUUUCCCGACCACCCUGUCAAAAGCAGCGAUGAAGUGGUUCGAUAGCCUCCCCCCAAGGUCGGUUACUAGCUUUGAGGACCUCUCGAGAAAGUUCUUAAUGAGGUUCUCCAUCCAGAAGGAUAAAGUAAAGCACGCACCGAGUCUCCUGGGAAUUAAACAAGAGGUUGGAGAACCUCUACAGGACUACAUGGAAAUGUUCAACAAAGCGUGUUUGAAAAUUCAAGAGCUGCCCACAGAGGCAGUUAUCAUGGGGCUAGUAAAUGGACUUAGAGAGGGCCCCUUUUCUCAGUCCAUAUAUAAAAGGCACCCCACCUCUUUGAGUGAUGUACAAGAGAGAGCAGAAAAGUACAUCAACAUGGAGGAAAAUGCCAUAUUACGGGAGCCAAGCUGGCGACAGGGGCCCCCUCACUCAGCAAAAGAGAAAGAAAGGGAGCCCAAGAAAAAAGAGGAGCGAGAUGAUGAGGACAGAAGAGACCCACCACCACAAACCCCCGAGAGACAUAUACAUAUGAUAUCUGGAGGAUUCGCGGGAGGGGGACUCACUAAGUCAUCUCGCAAACGACACCUAAAGCGAGUUUAUCAAGUCGAGAACGAAUCCCCCGAUCUCCCAACCAUCUCAUUCACCAAAGAGGAUGGGCAAGGGAUCAUGCCCGGGCAUGACGACCCGGUGGUGAAAACCAUGAUCUUGGCGAAUGCCAACCUCCACAGGACCUUGGUAGACCAAGGGAGUUCGGCUGAUAUACUCUUUAAGCCCGCAUUCGACUAG